AUGGCCAAGCGGCUCAGUGUCCGGGACCCGGUCCCCAGCGACAUUGACAUCGCACAGUCCCUGGAUCCCCUGCCAAUCACGGAGAUUGCACAGUCGCUGGGCCUGGAUGACGACGACUUCAUCACCUACGGCCCCACCAAGGCCAAGGUCAAGCUCGAGGUGCUGGAGAAGCACCGUGACACCCCCAAUGGCAACUAUGUCAUCGUGGCGGGGAUCACCCCAACCCCCUUGGGGGAGGGCAAGUCCACAACCACCGUGGGCCUGUGCCAGGCGCUGGGCGCAUAUCUAGGAAAGCGCGCCGUCACCUGCGAGUUCAACCUGCACCUGACCGGGGACAUCCACGCCAUCACCGCCGCGACCAACCUGAUGGCAGCGGCCAUCGAGGCCCGCGCCUUCCACGAGGCCACGCAGUCUGACGCCGCGCUGUUCGGCCGGCUAUGCCCCGCCGGCCGCGACGGUGCGCGCCGCUUCGCGCCCAUCAUGCGCCGCCGCCUGGCCAAGCUGGGGCUGGAGGGCGCGGCCGACCCCGACGCGUUGUCCGAGGAGGAUCGGCGCCGCUUCGCGCGCCUGGACAUCGACCCCGCCACCAUCACCUGGCGCCGCGUGCUGGACACCAACGACCGCUUCCUGCGUGGCGUGACCCUGGGCCGGGGGCCCAAGGAGGCUGGGCACGAGCGCGAGUCCGGCUUUGACAUCGCCGUGGCCUCGGAGAUCAUGGCGGUGCUGGCCCUGGCGGGGUCCCUGCCGGACUUCAGGGAGAGGCUGGGGGCCAUGGUGUUUGCCUCCAGCAAGGCCGGCGAGCCCCUGACGGCGGACGACCUGGGCGUGAGCGGCGCUCUGGCCGUGCUCCUCAAGGACGCCAUCCUGCCCACCCUGAUGCAGGCGAGAUUCCUCUGUUUUUAUCAGGAGGGUGAGGGGUGGAAAGAAGGGCGGGGCCGCACACCGGACUGCUCGCUGGAGGAGUCCAUUGCGCAACUUGUCGGGCGAGGCUCGACUACCCUGGAGGCGACCCCCGUCCUGGUGCAUGCGGGGCCCUUUGCCAACAUUGCGCACGGCAACAGCUCGGUGAUCGCCGACCGGCUGGCACUGAAGCUGGUGGGGCCGGAGGGGUACGUCGUCACGGAGGCCGGGUUCGGCGCCGACAUCGGGCUGGAGAAGUUCAUGAACAUCAAGUGCCGCGCCAGCGGGCUCACCCCCUCCGCCGUGGUCCUGGUCGCCACGGACGUGGCGCUGACGCGCGCGGGGUGCGCCAACCUGGCGCGCCACGUGGCCAAUGCCGCCGCCUACGGCCUGCCCGUGCUGGUGGCCAUAAACCGGUUUGCCACCGACACCGACGCCGAGCUGGAGGCGGUGCGGGAGGAGGCGCUGGCCGCCGGCGCGCGUGCGGCGGUGGUCUGCCGCCACCACGCGCUGGGAGGGGAGGGCGCGGUGGACCUCGCCCAGGCCGUGGUGGAGGCCUGCGCCGCGCCGCGGCCGGAGUUCAGGUUCCUCUACCCACCAGAGAUGCCCAUCGAGGAGAAAAUCCGUACCAUUGCGGUGAAGACCUAUGGCGCGGCGUCGGUCAGCUUCACGCCAGAGGCGCUGGCCUCCAUCGCUCGCUUCACCGAGCAAGGAUUCGGCAACCUGCCCGUCUGCAUGGCCAAGACGCAGUACUCCUUCAGCAACGACCCUGCCGCCAAGGGGGCACCUACCGGAUUUGACCUGCGGGUGCGGGAGGUGAGGGCCAGCGCGGGCGCCGGCUUCAUCGUCCCGGUCUGCGGGGACAUGAUGAUGAUGCCGGGCCUGCCCACCCGCCCCGCCUUCUUUGAGAUCGACCUGGACACGGCCACUGGGCGCGUGCUGGGGCUGUCCUGA